AUGUCGCAGCAAAGUAUACUAUCGUCCCAAGAGACACCUACACGCAAGACGGCACCGCGCUUUACCGAAGACGAGAAGACUGUGCUUAUCGCUCUCGUGGGAGAGUUCAAGCACAUCAUCGAGUGCAAGAAGACUGAUGUUGCGUCGAUAGCGAAAAAAAAUGAAACAUGGAAAGAGAUUGCCAAGAGCUUCAAUUCCAACCACGGAAUCACCCGGCGCGACCACGUGCAGCUCAAGAAAUGCUGGAAUAACCUGAAACAAAAAUGGAAAGAGGAAGCUGCAAGAGAGAAGCGAGAGCGCCACAAAACUGGAGGGGGAUCUGCACCUUCGGUCAUGGCUCCUGUCAACGAAUUGGUUGGAUCCAUAGCUUCCCACAUGGCGACAAGGGUGAAAAACGCCUUUGAUUCGGAUGCCACAGGGUACCAGCCCCCCGUCGCAAACGAUCUGGGACAAGGUGCCAACCCUGUAGAGCCGUCACAGCUGCCAACAGGCACAGAUGCCGGCGAGGACAGCAGGUGCACUUCUAUAGCACAGCCUGAUGCAGAAGCAAACAUUUCUGUGGAAGGUUGUGCAAACAGCCACCAAGCCACCGGAGCUGCUGAAAGCAGCACUCCUGCAGCAACUGUUGCCGCUGAAACAUACAGGACCCCCAGGGGCUGGAUGGCUGUUUUGGAAAAAACACUGGCCGCAGAAAAUGCAAUUCGUGCAGAACUCCAGAAAGAAGAGCACGCAAUGCGUAUCCGGCUUAUGCAAGAGGACCACGAUUACAAGAUGCGGGAACGGGAAGACAGAAGAAAGUUCGAAAAUCAAGUGCGAGAUCUCGAGCUUUCAAAGCUCAAAAAUGAGCUUGAAAAGCAAAAACUUGAAAUUGACACACUGGAGAUAGAAAAAGACUUAAAGAAAGAACAGCUCCGCAGGCUGCAAUACAACGUGCCUCAUUUAUAA